AGUUUAUAGUGGAGUAUAUAUAAGCAUGCCCAUAGAACCUCAAACAUAUCACUAUACCAUCUAUUGGUCUUCAUCACUCGCUGAGUCGUUUACAGAAUUGAUUUGUCACCCACAAUAUCAUUUGCUAUCUUCCUACAGGACUCAAUUGAGAUACGUCUACACACCCGCCAUAAAACUACCCUCGUCCAUUAAUGAAUCUAAUGUACAUUUCCCCUGGGAUACGUCUUAAGGAUGACCUCCGCUAUACUGGUAUGGAAAUUAUUCCAUAUGGGUUUAGCAUUCCGCGCCUGGAUACUGGCUUUUACAAAAACCCUUCCCAUAUUUUAGGUGAUAUCAUGUCCUUUGGUCAACUAACCGGAGAGCUUCAACUGCCUUAUUUUAUCCCUCAUUCGAAACACAAUGAGCCCAACUCAUACAUUCAAACGAUUCCAUCACUUCCCUUUGAAUAUGGCAAUGACUCUGAAAGCCCCGACUUGACUGGCUCUGCCAUUUCCUUGGUCUCCACUCCGUGUUUGUCGUAUAGUGAUGAUGGAUGGGAUGAAGGCCUGGCAUCUUCCACACACACUGUCCCUUGCGUCCAAGAGUAUUCAACGAUAGCGAGUGAAUGCCAAUAUCCGGCGUUAUUCACUAUGCCGAACGUUGACCAAGAAUUGUUCCAGUAUUUGGAGUUGAUGUCAGCAAACAACAUGAACUCUUCCAUGUUUCUUGUGACCACCUCCCAGGGGUUUAAGGAAUCUUUCAAAGAGAAUAAGGUCUCAGAAACUGUGACAGAUGAAAAAAUAUCAAAGACUGCUGUUCAUGAGCUGUCAUCGGUAUGCCUGUCUGAACGGGACUCCUAUUCAGUUUCAAAUGAGAUAAAUAUGGCUGGUUCUGGGGGAGCCUUGAUCUCUGAGCCACAGUCUAAGUUAAGAUGUCCAUUAUUCAAUGGAAAAUCGUUCUCGAGUGACGGAGGGGGCAAAUCAGAUUCCCAAUACUCUUCCUGUUGUCCCCCCGAGCCAACUAAGUCAGCCCUCAUCCACCACAAAGGCAAGCUUCCGGAGGUUGGCUCCAAAGCUGACGUGCUUUCGCCCAUCCGUAUUGACCAGUAUCCGGCGUCAAAAAUUGUUAAAAAUAAAAAAACGAGAGGCCGGUUUGCUACCGUAUAUCAUAAUCCCCUGGUUACAGAAGAUACCGAAGAGUCGAAGUACCGAAAGCACAAGUGCAAGAUUUGUGGGGGGAGGUUUCGCCGCCGGGAGAAUUUGAAGAGACAUUUCAUAAGUGUCCAUACGGAGGAAAGACCCUACGUUUGCCAGCUCUGUGAUAGGGGGUUCGCUCGACCAGAUAACUUGUUGGAUCAUAUGAAAACCCACAAAACUUUGGAUUCACACUAACAUGGUGUAUCUUUUUUUGGCGAGUGGGUCUAGCUCAGGCCCUUAAAGACCGCGAUGUUGAAUGAAAUGUUGAGCAUACUAUGGUAUGUUUCACUUCUGUUGGUCAGAGGCUUAAUGUGAAGCAGAGAGUUACUGUAAAUGCCUUAUGAGUAAGUCUCUAUCAAAAACUGGCACUAAGUGUUACCCAGAAUAUUUCUGUAUCUAACCUUCAAUGUUUAUCGGGCCACAGUGUAAUAAUUUCUAUAUAUUCCGC